CAUUCAUUCACCACCAACAAAGAUGGAAGAGAGAGAUCCAAUACAAACAGGCCAAGAUCCUCAAAGUUCCAUCUCACAAGAAGAAAAAGAUGCAAACGAUAGUGGGUCAUCCUCUUUGCCAAAUCUGGAAGGUGAAGUACGUGCAUUAACAGCAUGGGUACAAGCUGUCGAUCGUGCAAGAGGAGCGGAUAGUUUCUUGAGUAGGACAGUGGACAAUCCGGAUGAUUUAUCUGAUGGUGUUGCCUUCUUUGAGAUUUUGUCAACUAUCGAUUCAACUUACUUUAGGAAUCCACAUGGAGGUGAAGUGAAGGAUAAUUGGAUCUUGAAAACGGCAACACUCAAGAGGCUGUUCAAGCUUGUCACGCAGUAUUACAUUGAAGUCUUACAGCAAUCACCAAGCGCAUUAGACGUUCCAGACUUGGACGCUUUGGCAAGAGAUGGAUCCAAACAAGAUCUUUAUAAGCUUGGAAGCCUGGUGAUCGGAAUAGCAGUCAGGAGUGAUCAGGCAAACGAACAUAUCGCGGCCAUUCAAUCUUUACCGCUUGAAGAUCAACAGCAGCUCAUGUACACGAUUGAACAAGUUAUGGGAGCAUUGCAACCGAUAGAGAGUGCUGAAGGUGAAGAUAACAACAAUGCAGAGCAAAGUAUCAGCCAGAAUCUCCUCUCUGAAGAACAGAACGAUCAGAGCGGAGCGGGUAGCGGCGAAUUGAAAAGUGAAACAUCAAAAGACAACUCAGCCGAAAUGGAGCGAGUUUAUGCUGCCCUCCUAGAUGAGAAUCGCAUCUUGAAAAAUUCACUGGAAGAUGCACAAGCUGAAAAGGAAGAAACAGCAAAGGAGCACACCAGAUUUCGUGAAGAAGUUGAACGUGAUCGGAAUGUACAAGCUGAUGUUCUGAUGCGACAAGAAAUCGAACGUUUGAAAGCCAGUCUACGAAGAAGUGAAGAUAAUUUGGCAGAAGCAGAAAGCGAGGUGGAGCGACUGAAUGCGUCAGUGCUGGAUCUGACAAAGAAAUCUGAAGAGCUUCAACGCAAGACGGAAGAGAAUGCAAAGAUGAAAGAUGAAUUGGAAGAAUUGCGACAUGCAUCCGACAAAUUGCAAAGGACGGAAAAUGCGAUGGAAAAAUUCAAGAAAAAGCUUGAAGAGGCAUCAGAAGUGAAAAGGCAAUUGAAAACGUUGGAAGCACAAAAUGCAGAAUUGGUGGAUAGGAAUGCAGCGGUGGAAGAUGAAUAUAAACGGGUUGCACAUUUCAAACCAUUGAUGGAUUCGUACAAGGAACAAAUUGCAGCGCUGGAAACAAAGGCUUCUAAUCUUCAGAGAGAUCUCAAUUCUGCUCGAUAUGAUGGUGAACAAGUCUCCGUCAAGCUUCGUGCGACAGAGGAAGCACGUACAAAGGAAAAGGAAGAAUUGGACCUGUAUCAAGAACGUAUACAGGAACUCGAAUUGGGCGGCUCAGUGGCCAAACAAAGAGCCAGUACAGGAGGCGUGAAUGGAUCGGAUGGUAUGAUGUCGAGUACUGAUGUAGGAAGCGAUGAAGAUGUUGAUGAGAAUUUAGAGGAUGCCAUGAGUGGAACAACGAUGGCAGGCUUGAAGAUUCAAGUACGUAAAUUGGCACGAGAGCUCAAAGUGGCACAAGCAAACAAAGCAGAUGCAAGUAGACUACUCGUCGUUGAGAAUCUAUUGCAAGAUGCCAACAAGAUGAAAGAGCGUUACGAACGUGAUUACCUCAAGGAGUACCAGAAGAACAUGAAGAUACAGAAACAGAUGGAGGCAAUUCAGGAAGGCAAGUCUGAUCUUGGCGAUGGGGCAGAAGCGAACCUAGCGCUUCGAAUGCGCCUGAACGAGACGGUGGAGGAGCUAGACAAGACGAAGAAAGCUUUGGGCGAUUUGGAAGUGGAGCAUGAACAGACUAGGAAGGAAUUGACGAUUGCUAAAUCUGAUCUCACUCUGGUCGGCAAGGAUAAGUUGGAGAUGAUCGAAGAGGUUCGUGCAGAGGUGAAUGUUGAGAAGGCUGAAUUGGAAAGAACGAUGAAGCAACUUCAAGAAGAAAAAGCUUCGAAGGAAGAACAGAUUCGAAUGCAACUUUCGCAGAUCAAUACACUCUUGAUGGAAAAGGUUGAUUUGCAAAAUGAUAGUAUCGAACAGCGUGAUGGUGCACUUCAACGUGAAUUAGAGAUGGGCGAUUUGCGUUCGAAAGCACAAGGACAAGCCGAUAAAGAAUUGGCGGCAAAGAGUGAAGCACAAAUCAGAACAUUACAAGAGAAAUUACAAAAAGCAAGAACGUUUAUCCGUCAACAAGACAAGAUGAUCAAAGACGCUGCCAAUGCAAAGGCUAAAGGACAAAUUGCACCAGAAGAAUUGGUUAAACGUGCUAGAUUGUUGGAACAAGAAAACAAAGUUUUGAGAUUAGAGCAAAGACUGAUAAGUUCAAUUUAUUACGAUCAAAAGCAAAAAGAAAUUCGUAAUGCUAUCAAUGCAUCUGGUGCUCUUUCUAAUUCCGGCAGAUCACAAACCAAAGCUGGAAUUGAUAUCAACGGUUUGAAGCCCAGAAGUUGGCUUAUGCAGCAGCGCACUCAACUGGCCGGAGGGAUCAACCUAGCAAGACGAUGAACAACCGAUGUCAAUUUGUGCUUCGAGAAGAUUUAGAGAUAUACCACUUAUUCAGAUACCAUAUAUACCUGCUUAAUUUUCGUGUCACAGAAGUCAAUGUAUUGUAUGACAGCACACACCAAUAGAGAGAGAUUUUGAUUUAGG